AUGGAAGAGCUCAGUCCAAACAUGACUUUGUAUGACUACGAGAUUCUCCACAGUGGAAAAUACCACGACAAAUACAUGGCAUUCAUGGAGAACAUAUGUCAUAUCUCACUACUAACUCGGGCCUUGGGCCACAAGAUCAAUUCUCGGAUGAUAGGGCUUUUGGACAGUUUGGAGAGGGGUACGAGGGACUCUGAAGAGUUGGGCCAGGAUCAGACAGUUCAAGCUGUGGAUCUCUUGGCCUUGUAUGUGGAUUACCAAAACAAAGCCGUUGCGGCGCAUGGCAAGGCCGUCUCUAUUGUCACCGCGUGCGCGAAACUAUUUAUCUUCAUGAUGUCGGUUGGCUACACCGAUGAGAACGGUGUCCGCUUGCCGCCACAAGGGCCGGAGCAGUCUUACUGCUGGGCUGAUACCUUCAUCGAUUUGGUAUCAAAGGCCCAGGAGGCGAUGUGGGACGGUGAUGAUAUCGAGAUCGCCUUCAACGACAUUCCCGUGGAGGUUUUUCGUUAUCAUUGA